AUGGCAUCUGAUGAGGAGGGUCGUGGUUGUGAAGAACCAACCUCAAGUAGACGAAGCCACAGGUCCUAUAGCGCCCGGAGAAGUCAGGACAGUGCCAAGUUUGUUGGACGAGAAGUUUGUCUUCGGGCCAUGAGGAGUCUCUUGGGCAUAGGCGAAACGACGUUGCAGAGAAUGAGGCAAGGAGAGACUGUGUAUACUAACGAGAGUAGGGCUCCGUUGCCGAAGCACCCCUCGUUUGGUUUUACGAUCAGGGGUGAGGUCGCUGCCAAGUGGAUGGGGGUUGUGAUGUAUAUGUGGUAUGUGUACCACAGCUGUGCGGAACACAUGCCAGACAAUUUCCGUGCUGCAACCAAAGAUGGUGGCUUCCAUGCUGUUGCUGAUGCCAGAUCGCAGGGUGAUGACGAUGCCCAUCUGCGUGCUAUCAACAGCUUCAUGCGGAUGCUGACCACGCAAAGCUCGGAUAUCGAUGUGCAUACAAUUGGCCCUGGAACCUUUUGUGGUGAGCGGCGAUGCCUUCCAUAUGGGAGUCGUUCGGAGAUGUUUUGGGAGUACAAAGCGUACUGCAAUGCAAAUCAAGAGGAACCUGCUUCCUACCAAACGUUCAUGCGCGUCGCUCGGUGUGUGGUGGGCCCUGCUCAAAAGCAUGGCUUUCUGAAAUUUCGCAAGGUGAACGAGCAUGCGAAAUGCGACGACUGCACCCGGCUCAAGAAAGCUUUGAAAGCCAAGGUGAUGGGCGGUGGGAAUCGGGAAGUGCAGCAGCGUGCAUACAUGCGCCACAUCUUGUCACAGUGGCUGGAUCGGCAGCUGUAUUGGCAGUUCCGUAGCCUGUCUCAGACUUUCUUUCGACAGCAAGACCUCCUGGCUGACAGGACCCUGACAUUGUCCAUCGCGACCUCUGUUAUGACGGUCAUUGCAGAUGGCAUGGACCAAGCUAAGUACAAAUGUCCUCGCAUUCGGGAGCAAUCCUCCAAACUGCUUGCUCGUUUGUUCCGACCUACGUUACAUGUGGCAGCCACAUGGAUCCAUGGUAGGAGCUUGAACUUCUUCGUCGGUGACGAAUGCCUUCGCAAGGAUAGCCAGACACAGAUCGAGAUGCUGAGCCGAACUGUGUCUCAAGUCAUCGACUCUGCAAGACAGCUUCCAGCUGGAUUUGCACUCCAGCAGGACAAUACCUAUCGUGAGGGAAAAAAUACUUACGUGAUGGCAUGGCUAUGCCUGCUGGUGUGCCUCAGAGUUUUCCGAUAUACUCUUGCAAACUUUCUCAGAACGGGGCAUAGUCAUGAGGAUAUUGAUCAGGUCUUCUCACAACAGAGUGCUUUCAUUAGUCGGCAAACUUUCGACUCUCCUGAAGAUGUUGUCCGUCUCCUGGAUUCAACUCACAGGCCUGAGGCAUCUGGCGAACGGGAAAGGAAGCGAGCUCGAGCGGUGAAAGUAGAUGUCUCUGCUGUGAAGCUUGAUACUGUGGCUCUCUGGAAAGAUUGGGUUGCAGUACUUGGAUUGCAGUUCAAGGGCCUUCGAAAGGUGGGUCAAGUUCGUUUCUGUCUUCGUCGGGACUUGGAUCCUUCCUCUUAUGGUGCCUGUCAGACGAAAGAACUUACUGGUUCUCCGGCCAGCCAGGACGAUGUACUUGUUCUGGCGAAGCAUCGUAUGGCAGAUACCAGCCCCCAUGUGGUUGCAGCGAUUGUGUCUGCCCAAAGAGCCGCUGAUCUUCGUGCCAGUUUCCAGCAGCCUCAGGGCUCAGCGGAGCGCAGACCGAUCACUGAGCAAGUCAAGAAGAACAUUGCAGGAGUGCUGCCGAAGUGCGUGCAACAGGGCAUUGUGUCUCGUGAUGCCGAAGCGUACCUUUCAAACUGGUUGGCUGGUACUUGGGCCAAAGUUCCCCGGCCAUCUUUCUAUACGUGCCUGGAGGCUCGAAGAGCCCCGGAAGAAUUCUAUGGCAAUGACCUUGUCGGUUGCAGAAUUCCGUGGUCGAAGCCACAUCGCGCCAAGCAUGUAGAUUUGCGUGUAGAUGACGAUGACAACGAUUCCAAUGCAGGGUCUGAUGAUGCGGCCGCGAAUGUGGCAGUGGAUUUGGAUGCUGUCGAUUAA